GGGUUGGAAAGAGGAGCCAAAAAUCAGUUUUCCACUUUCAGCAAUUUCAUCACAACUAUCAACCAAAAGAAAGAAGGCAUCGGAAACAGAAAUUCGCCUACGCAACUUGUUAUACCCAACAUCAAAAAUGUGAGAGACCUACCACCUAUUUGCCUCGAUGUACGACAAAAGCAGCGCAUCUCUAUAGACACACUACCCCAAGAACUGAAAGCACCAAUUCCUCCUGAACCUUCCCUUCCCAUCCGAACCAAAACUGUGAAAGAUUUUCAGGAUGAUGUGGAAAAGGCUAAGUCAUCAGGAGAUUGGAAAGCUGUACAUGAUUUUUAUUCUACAACAUUUGAUUCUUUCCUGGAGAUAAAUGCUGCAUUUAAGAAAGAUACCUAUUCUCCAUUUAAUACCAUUGAGGACUCUGGAAUCAAUGCAAAAUUUGUGAAUGUUGUCUAUGAUGCCUUAUUAAAUACUCCUCAAGAUGUUCAGAAGUCAGUCCUAAAAGGAAUAAUUAAUGGUCUGCUACAAGAAUGGAAAGGGCCACGAACAAAAGAUGAUCUUAGAGCAUACUGUAUACUUUUACAGAAUCCUCAAUUUAGUAACACUUCUACUUAUGUCAUCUAUGCUCACUUGCUAAGACAGAUAGCAGCCUUAACAGAAGCUGACCAUCAUUUCCUAGUGCACUGGUCUAAAAA